AUGGAGUCAUUUGGACCAUACCCGCUCCCAAAACAAUUUGUCCUCUGUUUCGAUGGAACAGGAAACAAAUUUGCCGGAGAUGCAUCUGAUACGAAUCUCGUUAAGAUUUAUCGCAUGCUAGACCGCAGCCAAAGCCACCAAUACCACUACUACCAGCCCGGAAUAGGAACAUACAUCACCUCCCACAACCUAGGAAGCAAAAGCCGCCUGGCACGCAUUAAAUCCGCCUACAAAAAAGCCAAAGAUGCAGCCCUCGGCUCCUCAUUCGACGAACACGUUCUCGGUGGCUAUAAGUUCCUAAUGCGCUACUACAUCCCUGGCGAUGAUAUAUAUUUCUUCGGUUUUAGUCGCGGGUCAUACACAGCCCGGUUUCUGGCUGAGAUGCUGGAUUUUGUUGGGCUUCUUCAACCGGGGAACGAGGAGUUGAUUCGGUUUGCUUGGAAGACAUUUGCGAAGUGGCAGCAGCGUAAGGAUUCGACGGAAUAUGAUCGCGAAGAGAAGAGGCGGCUGUUUGGUUUUAUGAAGGCUUUCAGGGAGACUUUUAGUAGGCCUGUUGGGAGGGUGAGGUUUAUGGGGUUGUUUGAUACGGUCAAUAGUGUGGCUAUGUUUGAGAAUGCGUGGAUGGAGAGGAACAAGUUUCCUUAUUCGGCUCAUAGUAGUGCGAGGGUUAUUAGGCAUGCUGUUUCGAUUGAUGAGAGGAGGGCGAAGUUUCGACAGGAUUUGAUUUCGGGUAUCAGGUCGGAGGAUGUCGGGGGUGGGCAUCGGUUGAGAAACUUGAUGGAUCAUGAUCCUGAGAAGGCGAAUGUGCCGGAGAUUGUUUUGGAUGGUCAUGGAGGUGAUCGGAGGGAAUCGAGGAGGGAAACUGGACAUGAUGAGGAGCGAUAUCGAGCUUCUUCCCCAAUGCCGAGUCGAAAGGUCAGUACUGAGAUACUGAUUCAUGGAUCGGUGAAUGGUGGUUUGAUGCCUGAUGGGAUCUCGCUUAAGAGCACCGUCUCUAGAGCACAUCUUCGAAUCCCAGGUCUCCAUAUACCAGACAGUGAAGAAGAUAAUGAGCAAGACAUUUCCGAAGUCUGGUUCUCUGGACAACAUGGCGAUGUUGGUGGAGGCUGGAAGCUCAAUCCGGAAGAUAAAUGGCCUUUAAGCCAUAUCCCUCUCGUGUGGAUGGUCAAAGAGGCACAGCUUGUCGGGCUGGAAUUCGACGCCGAGAAGCUCCGACGCUUCAACUGCUACGAGGGGCCCAAUCUAGUACCCAAAGACACAGCUUUGAAUGGUUCGUCAAACAGCCACGGCAGCCAGUGUCGUGAUCGUGAUGCUUUCCACGACACUCUCACCCAGACCAUGGACCAUGGUAUCGUCCACGAUUGCCUGACGUACGGUGGGGGUGUAUCUUUUCUCUCAACGCUAUCAUGGCGACUAAUGGAGUAUCUACCGUUUCGCCGGAUGGAUCUCCAGGCCGAUGGGUCUUGGAAGCCGAUUCGCUGGCCUCUUCCUUGUGGAGAGGUGCGUGAUAUUCCUGAUGAUGCGCAGAUUCAUGUUUCCGCUAUUCAUCGUAUGCAAAUUGAUCCUACCUAUCGACCAGGAAAUCUUAUUAUUGGAGGUGGUGGGCGAGGUAUAAAACGGGCUCCUAAUAAAUAUGGGAUCGGGGAGUGGGAGGUUUGUAAGCAUGCGGAUGAUAUUGUGAGACGGACUUAUAUUCGUAAAAAGCCAGAUGUCCUCUCUCAAGAGAUACGUUCUUCGGUUUGA